UAUUUUCCGUGAAGAAGAACAGCUGGUUGUGCGAAUUUGAAGCGUAGAAGAAGAUCGACGGACUGCAUCCAAAUAUCAACAUAAUCUAGAAAAAUGUCAUGAAUAUGAGAUCGCUUAUAUUUAAAUAUUAAUUUAGUCUUUCUUCGUACUUUAAGUAUGUCGAGGCUUUCCCCGUUCUUCUGCUGCGUAUACAGGAGCCUCGCCAGUGGUGUGACGCGUACAAACUUCCGUGGUGGUUCUUUGCUGUUGAAGCCGGGUCAGGGUGGACCGACCCGGAUCGGGGUCGCCGGAAAGAAACACCUGGUCGCCCUGGUAAACCUGAAGGAAGACGAGCUGGAGGAGCAGUUCGUGAGGGGCUCUGGACCCGGGGGGCAGGCCACCAACAAAACCAGCAACUGCGUGGUGCUCAAGCAUAUCCCGUCUGGGAUUGUUGUCAAGUGCCAUCAAACCAGGUCAGUGGACAUCAAUCGGAAGCGAGCGCGGGAGAUAUUGCAGCAAAAACUGGACGUUUUCUACAAAGGAGAGCGCAGCGACAUCCUGGUUAAGAAGAAAGAGGCAGAGGCCAAGAAACAAGACAAACGUAGGAGAGCCAACGACAACUUGGAGAGGAAGAGACUGUUUAAAGAAGGCCUCCUCGCCCAGUGUGCUCCCGAGAACGACUCUGUUUGAAGUCGCUACGGAUGAUCUUUUUAGUUGUCAGAGAAAUGGACAAAUGAAUAAACGACUAUUUGUUAAGGCUGA